AUGGCAUCCAACUUAGUGCAGCUUCAAGUUCCCACAUUGAAGAAAGAAAAUUAUGAAAGAUGGUGCAUCCAAUUCAAAGCAUUGUUUGGAUCACAAGAGCUAUGGGAAGUUGUCAGUAGUGGGUAUGUUGUACCCACUACAGAGCAAGAAGCCACAUAUACUGCAAAUCAAAUGACCACUCUCAAGGAUUUACGAAAGAAAGACCAGAAGGCGUUGUAUCUUCUUUAUCAAGGAUUAGAACAUUCAACGUUCAAGAAGGUUGCAGAAGCAACAACGAGCAAGCAAGUAUGGGACACACUCAGUACAAUCUACAAAGGAGUAGAUCGAGUCAAGAAAGUGAGGUUACAGUCACUUCGAGCAGAUUUUGAAACUGCUCACAUGAAUGAAGGGGAGAGCAUCUCCGACUAUCACUCAAGGCUCAUUAUGAUAGUAAAUCAGAUGAGGAGAAAUGGCGAGAGACUCGAUAAAGUACGAGUUGUGGAGAAGAUACUCCGGUCACUCACAUCUAAGUUUGAACAUGUGGUGACUGCCAUUGAGGAAUCCAAGGAUUUGGAGGAGAUGAGCGCAGAUGAGCUACUAGGAUCCCUCCUAGUUCACGAGCAACGCAUUCAGAAGAAUGCAAGCCCCACAACGCUAGAGUAA